AUGUUGCUGUUUGCAGCGUCAUGGAAAUGCGCACAAUUGCGCCUAUCAUGCAUGACCUUGUUAAUUAGCAUUGCAUCAUUAAAUAGUACAGUGGAUGCUCACUUUAUACGAAAGUCCCACCGCCUGUCUAAUUCUGUCGCCGCUAUCAUCCCAGCGUCUAAAACUCAUAACAACCAGACACAUGCUUCACAUCCUGUGAUACUAGCGUCUAUUCCUUCAUCUCAAGAUAAAUCAAAACCCGGAAACAACUCAGCUCGUUCAAACUGUGAGGUGGGUGGCAGUGUUGAAUCCGGGCUGCGGUAUUUUAGCGAUCUUCUCAAUGCGGAACUAGAGGACUUUGCAAGUCAGCAGUUUGCUGACUAUGCUUCCAAAUGUGAGCAGGCUCGCUUGGCGGUAACAAGGGCGUUUGCCAGACUUAUAAAGCGUUAUGUAGAUUUGGCCGACAACAAACCACAUAAUACUAACCCUUCGGCACCUGAACACUCCAGUGACAUCAACAGCAACAAUGGACGGCUUCUGGACACCGCAUUUGUGGCGGCUAUCGCACGAUAUAUUGCAUUGACUAUGACAGGACUACCAGCCAGGCGCACUUGGUUCUCAUAUAGAGGGACCAUGGAGCUACGUGAUGAGGACCAGUUGGUGCGACUGAAUCAGUUGGUAGCCCUGAUGCUCUCCGUUGAAGCGCUGAUGUACGAUGCUUUCCGCGAAUUUAUCGCAUCACACAAACUAGUAUUUGUAUCGAAAAUGUUCGCCAGUGGUAGACACGCGUUGUUGAAGUUGACAGAGAAGACGUUCGUCAAGAAGCUUCAAAGGGACUUUGAGACAGCUGCUAACACAUUGCUACCCAAGUCAUACAAUAUAUCGCAAUCUCCCGACAAAGUAGUAAGGGAGCUGCUUCAGCAUGUAGUCAAGGUGGACCCAUCACUGUCCGACGCCCUAGCGCCGCUAAAAUCGCAGAAGCCUGAUGCAGAGCUAUCAAAUAAGCUCUCGAAGUGUAUUAGGAAGUGGAACAUCAAAAAGGAUGUCGACGAAUUCUCGGCAUUACUCACUAAUCUGAGUAACACCGCCCGUGCGAGUAUAAAGCAACAAUUGGAGGACAGUGCCAAGAAGGAUAAACUUUUAGAAAUGCUAUCUGCACAACAACAACAGAUCGACAUCUAUGAAAAACAGCUUGCAAUGCAGUCACAAAACCAAUCUCCGUUGAGUUACGGGUUCUCAUACAGGAUGCCCAAUACUAACUUGAAUAUUCUAGGUUCAUUUCAGCGGUAUGUUUCCACUAUGUGA